GCCUACUCUGAUGUAAUCUCCACCUUCUGAAACAUUUUACCUCCGUAAAUUGGGAUCGCGACUCGGUCCUGGAGCCAGCGUAGAUUCCGCUUUGUUUCGAGAGAAAAAUAUGGCUGAAGACGGCGACGGUGCAACUGUUCUAACUAGCUUAGUUCCAGGAGCUAGCUCGGUUCCCAGUGCACACCCAGCAAUCGCGGGUCGGGAGGACGUUAGUAAGGGCGUUACAGAGGCUCACCGUCAGGACACGGAAGAAGAAACUCACGACGCUCGGUCCGAUCGACGUCUCAGCGAUCGCGACGAGCAGCAGCGCGCAGCUGACGAGCCGUCUGCCUCGGAGAAAGAACCACAGUCCGCGAACGCUUUAGUGGACGCCGCAAGCAAAGAUAUAACCGACGCUACAGUUGACGCUAUAGUGGAUGGUACGGUUGACGCUAUACCGAACGCUACAGCCGAGACUGCGGCAGACGAGAGAGCAGGCGAGACAACAGGGGAGAGAGCAGGCGAGACAGCGGGACUUACGACGGGCGCUGCAGCGGACGCCAAGGAAGGAGGCCAGGAGAAGCCGCCUGACGAGCAACCGGCGGGCGACGAGAUGGUCGCAGAGCAAACGGUGGGCGACGAGAUGGUCGCAGAGCAAACAGCGGGCGACGCCGAGUGCAACAGAUUAACUACUGGCGGUUUAACUAGUGACGGUUUAACUAAUGAUGGAGUGGUCGCUGAAAAAGUCGACACUGGGGACGCGGGGAAAGAUGCUACAGCCGUGGAGGCGGCUACAGCCGUGGAGGCGGGGGAUGGCUGUAGUGGCGACGAGCUAAGAGGCGAUCUAGAAGAUAAUUCAGGUGGUACUGGGGGAGGCGAUUCAGGCGAUGCUGGAGACGAGGAGAACGAAACGGACCAGCAAGGGAAAGAUGAGGCGGAGGGUACGGAGAAUGGGGAGAACAAGGGAGAGAAGACUGCUUGUGAGUCGACUCAAAAGCGAGGGAACGAUGAGCGGGAGGGUAAGGAGAAUGGGGAGAACAAGGGAGAGAAGAGCAGAGAAAAUGGCUUCGGUGGCACUGGUGAUGCUGCUGGUCUGGCUGCUGCUGCUGCCGGCCAUGCUGAUGUCACCGAAAUACCUGAACAAGGCGGGCAACAAGUGGAUGCUGCUGCUCCUGCUGCUGCUGGCCCUGCUGCUGCUGGCCCUGCUGGUGAUGGAAAUGUGACUAUGGCGGGGGAUGAUGCUAAGGGGUUGGAUCAAGUGGCUGUGACUAUGGCGGGGGGAGAUGCUGAGGAGCUGGAUGGAGUGACUAUGGCGGAAGCAGAGGCUGUGACUGCUGCCCUCUUUGCUGUUGCUGGAGGAGCCGUGCUUCUAUCAGGUGACGCUGCUGUGUCAGAUGUUCUUAUAACGGAUGCUUCGAUAGUAGAGGCUCCUAUAGCGGAUGAGCCUGUAUCUGAUCAAAUAGUGGGAGUCAAUAAGGGAGCAAGUCGGAAGCUGCCGUCUAGUGAUGAUGCAGAUGGUGCUACAGAUGCUGCUACAGAUGCUGCUACAGCUGGUACAGAAACGGCAAGCCAGGAGAAGCAGUCAGAGGAGGGGCAGCGUGAGGCAAAGGCACCAGAUGAGGACAGAGGCGAGGAGGAGAGAGGAGCAAAGGGAAGGGAGGCGGAGGAAAAAUGUACAGAGAAAAAGGAGAGAGAGGAGGAGGAGGAGGGGGAGGAGGACGAGGAGGACGAGGAGGACGAGGAGGAGACGGAGGAUGAAUGCAGCCAUGGGGGUGUGAUGAACGGAGGGGGGCUUGAGAAAGCAGUAGAAUCUGAAUGUAAUAUGAACGUAGGAGGGACGGAGGAGGAACCUUUAGUGGAGGUGGAUGUUCGAAACGAGGGGUUUAAGGGAGAAGAGGAGGAAGAAGAGGCGGAGGAGGAGGACGAGGAGGAGGAGGAAGGGGGAGAGGAAGAAGCAGCAGCAGCAGAAGCAGCAGCAGGUGGUGGUGCUACUAGCAGCAGGCAGGAAGCGGGCAGCAGGAAGCGAAAACGAAAACCGCGCGGGUCAGCGAGCCACGCCCUGCAUCUAGGCGACGUCCGCCGCAUGAUGGCGAGUCCGGCGCUCUCCAAGCCCACCGCCGUCGCCCACACGAUGCGCAAACUCAUCGUCUUCGCAACCCUGGCCGUGCGCCACGGCAUCGACGACCUCUUAAAGCUCGAGUUCGGCCACUUCGUGGUGUUAAACCGGGGGGCGUCGUACUUAUCGGCACAGUUUCCCGGGGAGCAUGUGGCCUUUGUGCCGCCCGCGAACCUGGCUCCGAGCCUCGUUCACAAGCAGUUCUUUCCGAACCCGCAGAAUCCGAUCCUGUGCCCGGUCCGGAUUGUGGACGAGGAGGCUCGGAUGCGGCCGGCCGGAGCUCCGCCAAGCCUGUUUCUGUCGGCGAAAUUUGCGCGCGCGCCUUCGUACGAGCCUCUUAACAGGUACGUCCGUAACGCCAUGGGGCGCACUACCCUCGCUCGCUUCGCCUCCCACCUGGCCGAAGCAGCGGGCAUGGCCCACGUGGGCAGGAGAUUCUUCAGGUCGCUGGGCGUUACUCUACUGUUCAUGGCUGGUUUCACCCUGGAGGAAGUUUUACGCGAGGCCAAAUGCUCCCUUAAUAGCCUCUACACUUUGGGCAGCAACAGGGGCAGACGCAUGGGCAUGCACAGACACAUACCUAUGGGCAUGGGAACGGGCAUCGGAAUGCACAUAGGCAAGGGAAUGCGCAGAGCACAAUAGAGAAUCAGAUUCGCACUUCCCAGCUGCUACAGCAGCUGCAGCAGUGUCAGACACAGUCCAUCCAGCUACAGUCGCAGCUACAGCAGCUGCAGCUACAGAUGGGGCAGAUACAGAC